AUGCAGGAUAUCGUACAGUACUACGUCGAAGUAUCUAAUCUCACAUCCCUCAAAGUGCGUCACUUCUCUUUGAUGAAUUUCCUUCUCACGAACUUCAACGUUCCCAAAGACAUCGUUUUCAGCAUCUGGUCGGCGCGAGAUAUUCUUCGUGGCCAAUUCGAGCACCUGAUGUCCCAAGUUCUCCCCAAUUCCACCAUCGACAUGAACGCUCCGGUGCGAAUCCGCCUUGGCCUCGUCCACCUGGAGACCAACCGCGAUUUUCUUCAGAUUCCCGGGAGUUACCCAGACGAAGAAGACCUCGAAGACGAAGAGCUCAUCCAGCAGCAGCAUGCGCAAGGCGUCUUCGACCUGCACGCGAUCGAGGAGCAGAAACUGCGCGAUUCCUGCUGGUUCAACAGCAGCAUCAAGCGCCAGCGCGUGAUCCUCAAAACCAAGCAGAACUCCCCCGCGACCGUGGAAGCCAACCUCCAGAAGCUGGAGUACACGCAGUUCCCGGCUUCGAUCAUCUGUCCGCCGCGCUCGCCGAGCUACGAGCCCACCGCGGCGCUCAGCUUCUACCGCAAGCCCAUCUACGUGACCGGGAACUACCUGAAGCUGCAGCGAGGCCUGAGCCAGACGCCGUGGAUCGUCGACGGGGAGCGGAAGACCGAGGGGUCCGUCGAGGAGUUCAUUCUGGAGGCGUUUCGGAGGGUGUACAAAGCCGUCGGGUAUAAGUUCCAUUCCGCGGGGAGAGAAGACGUGGAUGUGCGGAUGCUGUUCGAGGGAAGGCCGUUUGUGGUGGAGAUGGAGGACGCAAAGCGCUGCGAUUUGAGCGAGCAGGAAUACCGGAAUUUGCAGGAUUCGAUUAAUAACAACACGAAAAGCAUUCAAAUCAUUGAUUUGCGUCCGUGUUCAGCGGCUGGAUUUGAAGAAAUGAAAAAUGCGGCAGAAGGGAAGCAUAAAUUGUACGUGGCUGUGAUCUACACGGAGGAUCCGAUCACUGCGGAGCAGCUGAAGAAGCUGGAUGAAAUCCACGAUUUGCCGAUCAAGCAGCGAACGCCGGUGCGCGUUCUGCAUCGCCGGUCGCUGCUGACGCGGGAUAAAGUGGUCUAUGGAAUGAAGACGACGUUCGUGAACAGCCAUCACUUCAUUCUGGAGAUCGAGGCGUCGGGGGGAACGUAUAUAAAGGAGUUUGUGCAUGGCGAUUUGGGACGAACGAGGCCGAAUAUCGGUGAGAUUUUGGUAGGGGAGAGAGAAGGGAGUGAAGGGAAGAAUAUUGACUGCGAUAUUCUGCAGCUGGACGUGAAGGCGGUCGUGGGAGUUCACAUCGAAUAA